AUAUAGACUGCCUACCUUCUUUCUGUCUAUAUUCCUCGUUCAUAAUUCCUACUGGGAGGAAUCGGUUUUUGGUUCUCGAUCAAUCUUGAUCGAUAAUGGAUCAAUCAAGAUCAUAUUGGAUCCAGAAGGAUAGAACUUGUUUGAAUUCCCACGUGUUAUCUUCGUUUGGUGAUUCUUGGGAAGAACAAGCAUUCGCAGAAGAUGCAGCUGGGCCACUGGGUGGGUGUAUAUGGCCUCCAAGAUCUUAUACUUGCAGUUUCUGUAGAAGGGAAUUCAGGUCGGCUCAAGCUCUUGGUGGGCACAUGAACGUGCAUAGGAGAGAUAGGGCUAGACUCAAGCAGAUUUCAAGUCCAAAAGCCAAUCAAGUUCUUGAACCUAAUUCAUCUUUGAGUAGAUGUAUGUUACAAAACCCUAAUGAGAUCUGUAACCCUAAUUUUGACUUGGAUCAUACUCUCUUUUCAUCAUCUUCUCCCAGACCUUCUACAGUUUCCAUUCUCACUCCUUUCACAUGCUCUUUUGCUCAAGAAGAUCAAAAGGGUAGUACUCCCGUAUUGUCAUGGUCCAAGUUUGAGUCCCGGAAAAGAUUUCAUUUAGACGAUCUGGGAAACCAAGACAAGAGUUGUACAAAAGUUCUGGAGGCAAAUUCCACCACUUCAAAGAAGAGUAAUCAUCAGAUUGAAGUUCAUUUCUCCGGUAACCUAAAUUCACUCGUUAGAAGAAGAUGCGAGACACCUAUCUAUAACGACAAGGAUGAACCUAACGAUGGUUUGUUCUCCAAGAGAAGGCGAACGGACGAUGAUGCACACUCUUUCUUUGCAAAGAAUAGUGACACGAUGGUAAAUGGCGAUGAAGCCGAAUCACUGUUGCCUGUUGAACGUAGCCCAAACUCUACACUAGAGAAUUUGGAUCUUGAGCUGAGGCUGGGUGAUCGGCCUAAAUGAGGUGAGGCGUGAAAAAAACUGUCUUUAAUAACUGUUGUUGCUUCUUCUUCCUUCCUUUCCUUUAACGUUUAGCCCAUUUAAUUGAAGUUUUAAGGGCAAGUCUUCUUCCUUGAAUAUGACAAGCAGCCAUGGGAGUGUACCAAGAAAUACAUGUAAUUUACAUGAAUAUUAAUUGAUUGAAGCUUUUGUAUUGGAUCAACACUACUAGAC